AUGCCUGUGACCAUAUCUGGUAAUUGGGCAGACAGGACACCAGUUCAUGAUGCGUGCAGAAAUGGCCAGGUCCACCAGCUGAAGCAAUUGAUUGACAGCGGCGUCUGUGUGAACUUGGUUACUGUGGACUCCAUAACUCCUCUUCAUGAAGCUUGUCUUCAAGGCCACAUUCAGUGUGUAAAGCUGCUGCUUGCUGCUGGUGCACAGGUGGAUGCCAGGAAUAUUGAUGGCAGUACACCCCUGUGUGAUGCCUCUGCUGGACGCAGUCUGGAAUGUAUGAAGGUGCUUUUGGAAUAUGGUGCCAAAGUGAACCCUCCACUUUUUACAGCAUCGCCCCUUCAUGAAGCAUGUAUGAGUGGCAGUGCUGACUGUGUAAAGCUUUUAGUUGAAAUGGGAGCAAAUCUGGAAGCUCAUGAUUGUCAUUUUGGAACCCCUCUACAUGUAGCGUGUGCAAGGGAGCACUUGGAUUGUGCCAAAAUUUUACUUGUUGCAGGAGCAAAGGUAAAUGCAGCAAAGCUUCACGAGACAGCACUGCAUCAUGCUGCAAAGGUGAAAAACAAGGAUCUGAUUGAGAUGCUGGUUGACUUUGGAGGAAAUGUCUAUGCAAGGGACAAUCGUGGAAAAAGCCCUUCAGAUUACAGCUGGCCAAACAGCCCGACAGCUAAAUGCUUUGAAUACUAUGAAAAGAUGCCUAGAAGUUUAUCUCAGUUGUGCAGACUCAAGCUCAGAGAAGCCCUCGGUCAGGGAGCAGUCGAAAAAGUUUAUAAAUUAAAUAUACCCCAAAGACUUAUGGAAUAUGUUGCUUAUAACUGAAUCAGUAAACAUGUACACAGCCAACGCUCUACA